CCCGCUACUCUGCCUCUCGCAGCAGAUUGUUCAAUUUAGUCAAAGCCGGGUGGAGCCUAGUAUGAGUCGCUGAAGCAGAGGGAGGAAAUAACUCGCGAUUGUCAAAAAGGCACUUUUAGUCGCUUCGGCCCAGUUCCAUUGUAACAACCAUAGCGGAAAAUGACGACGACCACCACUUUCCAAGGGAUGGACCCCGGUUCUAAAAAUAGCUCCAGGGUGCUACGCCCUCCAGGUGGAGGAUCCAACAUCUCCUUCGGUACAGAUGAGGAAAACCCCCCCGCCCGCAAGAACAAAAUGGCCUCCAGCAUCUUUGCAGAGCCGGAGGAUCCCCAUGCUCAUCGCAGGAACAACCCACCUGGAGGGAAGCCCACCGGGGUUUUGUGUGGAGAGCCAUCAGCUCCACUCAGACGAUGCCACGCCCAGCCUGUUCAAAACAACUCUGCGACUGAGGCUGCCUUCACUGAGGAUGGAAACAGUGAAAAGGCAAAUGCAGUGGAGAUCUGCGAGGAGCCGGAGCCUGUCCAGGAACUGAAGGAUGAGGUGCCACUGCCCUCAGCACACGUGGAUUCUGCUGGGGGCCCUGCGAACCGGAGAAACCCCCCUGGCGGCAAGUCCAGUCUCAUCCUGGGCUAAGAGCUUGCUUUCCUUGAACUCAUCUGGAUUUAUUUUCUUUUUUAAAGACGUCUCCCCUUGCUUGUCUGUGUGAGCCAUGGAAUUUUGUCCAUUGUUUUGAAUUACCCCCCCCC